GCUUGUCGCAUUCCCCCAUUUUUUGGCACGUGCUUCGAGUCUUCUUCGGUGGCCUCAAGACCGCGGCGGCGACGGCGACGGCAUCUGGUUCCGUUCUUCCGGCAGUCGUGACGUCAGGGCAAGGGUGAAGACGAAACAUGGCGGAGUGCUCCCUGGCCCGUUGCUCGCAAGAGCGACGCGUCUUUCGAAAGGAAUUUCAGAGAUGGAGCCGGGAUGUACUAUUUGUUGUUGGUCUGGAACGGGUUGCAGAGGAAUUGGUGGGGCCAAAAAAAUGGAAGAAGUUAACAGAACUAGAAAGUGCCAUCGAACAAGAAUUAGAAGUGACAGACUGGGAGCCAGAUGAAGUGUGCUAUUUUUGUAAUUCCAAAAAAAUGCUACCUUAUGAUCCAGCAAGUGGCUUUCUACCUGAAGGAUAUAGUAGCUUUAAAAGUUUUAGGAUGGACAUCGAUGAACAGUCGACGGGUUCCGACCACGGCAACGGAUCAGUGUCUUCAAACGCUUGCCAAGGAGCGGAUGCAUACGUGGAACCAACAUCUCCAUCAGCAUCCAACGACCAGCCCUUGGACCUCAGUCUUCAUUCUCAUAAGCACCACCCUCCAGAAAUAGACGAAAUUCUCGAUGGAGUCGACCCUUUGCUGAAGGUUCCGAAUCUCCCUUGCAAAAUUGGAAAGCGCAGAGGUGAUCCUCUGAACUGCAAGCGGUCCUACACGGAAGAAGAACUACAAGCAGCCCUGCGAGACAUCCAGAGUGGAAAGCUGGGCACUCGGCGAGCGGCAGUCAUUUAUGGCAUACCCCGAUCGACAUUGCGUAACAAGGUGUACAAGCUUGCUCUGGAGCGACGUGCAGGACGCAAAGUAGCGACCGUCUCCAGUCCUUCGAAAGAUAGUGUGGCCUUCUCCAAUGGAAUUGUAGACGGAAGCUGCAAUUCCAAAGCUGGCACUCCCUCGGCCAGUGAGUCACUACGACAGCUGCUCAAGUCGACGAUAACGCAGAAGAAUCAGGGGAAGCUGGUCGACAAAGAUCCAACAACAACCGAACUGGGAGGCGCCUCUAGUAACUCGGACGCCAUGAGCACAUUCCAGUUGCUGAGUAGCCUGGAAUACAACAAGUCUCUUGCACCUCUCUUUGCACAGUUUCUUUCUAGUAUCCAGCAGCUGGCACUGAAUCCCAACAAGGACAGCUGCGUGUUGCCCAACAACACUCCACCUCCAGACGUGAAGCUCCCCGUCAUGUCCGACCUGAUAAAACUGCUGGCUGGAGAGAGGCUCGAGCAGGAGUGCAGCCGACAGCGGGAACAGCAGGCGUCACCCGUCACCCAGGCGGCGGAGAGUUCAAACAAUGUGAUACUGAAAAUUCCGUCCUACAAACCUGCCUCCGGCAACUGCAGCGCUCUCGGCGCCGCCACCACCCCGGCAAACUCGAGCGACGCCGGCAGGAGCGGUGUCACACUGUCUCUGAAGGAGCUCAUCGCGCGCAGCAUCAACCAGCGCGUCGGAAGCGGCGCAAACAGUACGACCACCGCAGCCACCACCACGACCAGCAGCAACAGCAGCAGCAAUUCCUCCGAGAAGACGCCGCCCCAGGCCAACGGGAAUGCUGCCUCUUCUUCGCCGCAACAGACGACCACACCUGCCAAGCCGGACCAACAGUCGGAGAAGAGGACACGACCGAAACGAGGCCGUUACCGGAACUACGAUCGAGACAAUCUCCUCCAGGCAGUGCGCGCUGUGCAGAGGGGCGAAAUGAGCGUGCAUCGGGCCGGCACCUACUUCGGCGUGCCGCACUCGACUCUGGAGUACAAAGUGAAGGAGCGACACUUGCUGCGGCCAAAAAAGCGCGGCACGGCGGCCGCGAGCGCGGCCAAGGGCUAUCACCACUUCAAGCUGGACGGGCUGCCCGCGGACGAGUCGGCCAAGGUGGCGGCGCUCCAGAAUGGAGCGAAGACGGCCGACGGGACUUGCCCGCCGUGGCAGGCGCUACCUUUCUUAUCGAUGGACCUCUCGAAACUGGGCGGCGGGUUUUUCGCGUCGCAGGUGAUGCGAAAGCUGCAGACGACCACGUGCGAAGCCGAAAAGAAAGCCGCGGAGAGUGGCGGGGGCGCCGGUAUCUUAGAGGCCCUCAUCAAGUCGACCCUCGAACGAAGCACGCCGUCUGACGGAGCCAAGGCUGGGGAGCCGCCCGCAUUGGUGAAAAAUUGACAUCUCUUCCGGCGUCUAGAAGAAGCUGUGAAUGGACAACCAAGUGCUUUACACGUCCCCCCCCCCCUCCCCCCAAUUCCUCGACGGCGCCGGCCUCAGGCAGACUCCCCUCCCUAUUCUCCUGUGUUGAGAGCAGUCGUCUAGGACAUCUGCACAGGGUGCCUUUAUACAUAUAUAUAUACAUAUAUAUAUAUAUAUAUAUAUUAUACCUGACGGAGAAGGAAGGUUUUUUAUUAUAAUAUUAUAAGAAAGCUAGUCUAUUCUGUGAUGUACGUUUACAAUGGAGAAUCAUAUCGAAUCGGAGAGUUUGGGGAGCCAGAGUGCAUGCGUGCGUUCUUGUACAUUUUGUAAAAUGGGGGGAAGGAACCAUUUCGUUCCUCAGUUUUUUUUUUCUCUUUGCCUUGGUUGCGUCCAGACCAGCAAUGCUCUUUAGAAAUGGGGGACAGAAAUUUUAUGAGAGAGUAAAAUAUAUAUGAUUAUAUAAUAUAUACACAUAUCAGUAUUUUUGUUCAGACUAUCUGUAUGUGGUGUUGCAGAAAAAAAAAUGGUGCAGUUCGUUUUUCUUUUUUUUUUAAUGACUGUGAUGUGUGCGUUGAUGUCUUUUCUGGAUCUCACGCAACUUUCGCGUUUUCUCUGAGAGCGUCUUCAUGAACUGACGUGUAAGGUGUUCUGGCUGUAAUCAUUUUUGGCAGGUGCGAGUGACAGGCAGUUUUCUUUCUAUACUCAUCUGUACUGCUGUUCUUUCUCGCUUUGAGUGUACACCAUCCAAUUCCAAAGUGCUUUGCUGCCAUUUCAUUGUGUGGAGAGCUUUGGAUUUGUAUCCUCUAGUGAUGAAAUCAGGAGAUAAUGACGACAAGACGGAAUAAGCUGUGCUUACAAGAUGCACCGAGGGUAGAGCUUUUUUUUUUUUUUUACGUCCAACCUUUCUGACUUUUAACAUUGUCGUGAGGCAUUUUCACGCAACUGCAUUUAACGCGUACGUUUCCUAAGAUGCGGCAUCGCUGCCCAUGCCUUUGGAUUAAUGAAAAUUAGUGGACACAUACUUUUGAUAAUCCUAUGUACUAGCAUAUUAAAGAAAAAGAGAGAGAGAGAGAUUGCAUUUUGGCACAUACUAGGUUCUGUAGCACAUAGCACCACAAAGUGCCUCUCAAAGCUCUAUUUUUUUUUAUUACUCUGGGGUAAAUAUGUAGUUAAAAACUAAACUGGAUGUUCUAAAAUGGAGGCAGUCUUUUUCACAUGCUUUUUCUGAACAUCAAGGGGGAUAUCUACGAUUACUACGAAUAUGGAAGUCAUCAUUAGCACUGAGAUAGCUUUUGAGUAGUUUAUUUUCUUGGAAUAUUCAUUCUCGAGGAAAACAUCCUGAAAAUGAUUUGCUCACACUUAAGCCAUAGCUCUUCAUGUGCUCUGUCCAGUGCAUAUUUCACUAGCAGUGUGGCCUAUGUAUUUCAUAUUACUGGUGCAUUUUUGUACACACUUAAGUGGUUAUAACGUGCUUGACCCCAUUGAAAAGUAGUGGUUCAUAGAAAACUUCGAACAAUUGCUUUAGAAUUUUGUAUAGCUUUUUGCAGUCUGCCAAUCAGGGUAAAGGGUUAUACUCCACCAUGUAGUUCGACAGUCAGCAUAACUUCUCAGAACAAAAGAAUUUGUUGUUUCAAAAGUGCCAGAAAGCCAACUUUUCUGAACGUUGUUAGAUUAGAGUGAGCAGUUAGGUGGUUUCUUAAUUUCGUACACUUGCAACAAGCUCUAUAAAUCUGGUAAUUGUAGGGUUUAUAACGCCCUUCAAAGUCAGAGUGACAAUCUUUCUGGGGCCACCCAAUUUGCGACCUUCGAAAUCUUCAUGUACUUAGAGUGGUGCAUCUCAUUUUGUAAUACCCUGGUGAUGUUUUAUGGUAUCUUUAGGUGUAACAGAGCUUUGCAGUGCAGCACAGGCUGUUAAUACCAAGUGCAGAGUCACAUAUUUAUGUUAUACCACGAUAUCUUCAUUGAGAUCACUAAUGGAGAUUCCUGUUAAUUCUAAACUCAUUUACUUGUAAGUUUGUCUUAAAUUCACAUUGUGGUAUACUUUUAACACAUCUGUCAGGCCAGCUGGUGAGGGAGAGCUUCAUUUAGAAAAACUGCGAUUGCUUGUCACCUGUGUUUAACCAGUCAUAAGGCUAUGUCCUCUGCUCAUCUCCACACCAGUUGAGCUGCCUGGUGCACAUGUUUUUAAUCGCAAUGAAUGGGAUUCUGCUAGCCAUAACCCCAGAUUUCAUUUAUGCUUUAGGUAAUUUGUUGCAGAUUGGAGUCAUUUGGACAGUUGCACAAUAUGGUAGUUUCUAGUCCUUCAUAGAUUUGCAAUAGCUAACAAGUGAUGUUGUGCUUAUGCUUUUUCCCCAUAUUCCCAGAUACAUACUGUAGCCAUUUAGGAAUUUUAUUGGCAACAUAAUGGCUUCUGAUUCAUAGUACAUAGGCUGUAUACAUUAUGGCAGUGAUUCUCAAAUGCAGCUGCGUCAUAGCAUUUCGUGGCAGGGCCAAAGCCAACAGCGAGUAAUUUAAGAAGAACUGCCAUACAGUACUGGAAAUACAAAUAUAAUAUAGCUACGUCAGACCAGGGAUGUACCAGCACAUGUCGUUCAAGAAUGUGCACAAAUUGCUACUGACAUUGUAUGUUUUGUAGUGUAUUGGGUGCCGGAUACAAUCGUCUUGCAGGUUCACUUCAUCUGUGUCAUUUUGCACUCUCAGUGCAGUGUCAGUACAUACUUUGUUCACCAAGUGUCGUAUAAGCCCACUCUGUGACAGCAUUUACGAAUUCUCACAUCAGCACAAAUGAAUAUUUGAAGUAUAGACUUGUCUCGUUGAGAUAGAUUAUAUUUAAAUUCUGAGAUACAUACAAAGAUUAUGAAGUAUCACACUGAAGUGUACUUCCAUAGACUGGUUAGAAAUGCUUCCUUUUGUUACAUAGUAAAAAAUUUUAGCAAAUGCCUGGAUCGAGGUAUUUUUAGGAGAGAGAACUGAAAUAUUUUCAUAUUACAAGAUAUAUAACAAAAAUUUGAUAUAAUAGAAUAUACAAUGUCGUAGCAUAGAUAAAAGUCAUAUAUCCAAUCAGAUAUUUUCUGUUAUGCUGAUUGACAAUUUCUUGCUUCAUGCUACAAAUCCAGAGAAUGCUAUGGUACCAACACCACCCGUAAAGCUUUGAAUGCAUAUUUGUAUGCGUGUGCUUGUGUUUGCAGUCGUUGUUUUGAUUGGUUAAGAGUUUCGAAAGUUUAGCGAAACGUAUCAACUGUCAUGAUGUUUGAUAAGCAGAGCUGUUUUUCAGUAAUUGUUUAGCGUAUUUAGUGAGUGAUUUUCUGAUGUGUUUUAUCUUUUAUGUAUUCUAUUUUUUUAAGUUCAAUUUAUUUAGACGAAGGAAUUCCAUGAUAGGCAAGCCUGAGCGAUGGGCAAGACGCGUAAACAGACGAUGCUUAGACGACGGAAGUGUCGUUUAUGGUUCUGAAUUUAAUAUCUGGGAAUUGUACUGUUGUUGCAGUGCUUAUGGCUGUUGCUUGUUUGGGUAUUGUGCAAUUUUUGUGCAACAACAUAUUUAUGUAUAUAAUUUGUGCUAUAUCCUGGAUGCUAGUAAUUACACCAACCUUCUCUUUAGUUGUACCGUGGAUUAUGUUUCUAUUUGCAAUUUUUGUAAGGGGUGGUGUUGGUACUAUGCACACGCAUUUUUGCCAGCAAGUUGAGGUGGUCUGGCAUUGAAAAUUUAUUUUGGUGCUCAGAAAGCCCACCAUUUUAUAAUCGCAGUCAGAACUAAAAUAGAAUACGUAUGAACACACCACAGACUGUCAUAUGUUGCUGUGCCAUAUUUUACCUUUUGUGGGAGCACGAAUUCGAAAUGUGUACCUAAAGACCUGGCAUUCCACUAUCUCAUGAAUCAUGCGUAUUGAAAUUACCAGACUCCAAAUUGGGUGUGUGUGCAUCACAGAGGACUACAGGACAGUAGUGCCCUGUCGUCGUCAAAGGUGAACACGUGUUGUUCAAGAGAACUUGCAAUGCUAUAUUGACUUUUCGGCUCACGAGCAGCAUGUUGCUGUACAAGAGCUAAUGUUCUACCUCUGAAAGCCGAUAAGAUGUCGACCAUUGUGCCAUGCAGUCCGCGUUGUCCAGAGUUCUGGAAAAACUUGAGAAAGAUGCUUGGAUGUACUUGAUUUCGGAUAUGUUGCAACGGGGCAGAGCUGUACUGGCCGAGCAAGUCAGCACCAGAUUAUUCUUUUGUGGAUCAGGGGUUUUUACUAGCUUAGGCUAACUGACUUAAAAUCUUCAUCUACCCUAAUGCAUUUGGACACUGCCAAAAUAGAGGAUGGCCUUGCUGACUGCAGUGGCGGCUGUACCGAGUGAUGUACUGAAAAGUGAUAUACUGAGCAUUUAAAAAAAUGGUAAAGUUGUGCACUCAAUCAAGUGGUACAUUAUGUGUGUGAACAAUGAUUGCCGGUUGACUGUGUCUGCUGUAGCUUCUCAAUCGUGUACAUAUUUUUGGAGAUGCAUGUUCUGUGCAAAGGUGUGAGUGCAUUAAUGUGUGGCGUGCGUGUUCGAAAAAAAAACGGCACUUGGCUGUGCAUGCUUCGUCUUUUGGAGUUCAUCGUGUGCCACGUUUUUUUUUCUCCAGUGUUGAUUUUGGUCUGCUCUACUCUUCUGGAAAACAUGUUCUCCUAGAACUUUGUGGCAAGUGCAUUCUCUCAGUUUUUUUUUUUUCCCCUUCUUAAUUGUAAUCCCGGUGAUUUUAACACGAGGGUGCUUAAGUGUGCGUUUGAUUUUCCACCGUUCCAUUGUAUAUUCAUUGUUUGAUGAGCAACCCGGUUCAGAUAUCCCCCCCCCUUGUUGGUGCUCUUGAGAGACUGCUUCUUGUGUUGUAUUGAGGACAUAUGUGCUACAUGCUGAUGGCACAUUAUAAUUACAUACAUACAUAUACAUACAUACACAGACACACAUGCAUAUAAGCAUACACAUGGACUGAAGGUGUGUUGAUUUAAAUAGAUUUGUGCUAUGAGCAUUCCAGUGAGGUGGAAUUGCCAGAUGUUGAGAAACGUGCGGCAGAUUAAACUGUUGUAUUUUUUCUGUGUUUUGUUUCUUUAUAAGAUUGUUUAUAUUUACGUUUAUUGUUAUUUCGUUUUGUUGGUACGGAAUGUGUUGUACAUUAUUGAUGUUUCCAAACAAAUUGCAAGGUGCGUAUACAUAUAUGUGCGUGUGUGUGUGCGCACCACAUAUAUAUAUGUACAUACACCCUCUAUUACAUUCCAGUUGAUUUUGAAGGUUAUUUUGUUAAACUAUGAUUUCCGUUGAGACGCCACUUGCAGGAUUUUAGUUGUCAUGGAUGUCAGGUUGUAUAAGUUCAGCACCGAUUUCACAGUCAUGAAAUUCUUGUCUUAUUACAAAAUCUGUAUUCAUGACAGGCAGAUUAAAGAGGUUCGCUUUCCA